AUGUCAUCCUCCAGACUGCUCAUCGACCACCAGACAGUCACUCUUGGAUACCAAAGCAUCGCCUCUGGCAGCGUUGUCUCUGGAUUUCGCCCGGGAGACGAGUGUCCAGACAAAACCUCAGUAGUGUCAAAAGGAAAACACACACACACACAAACACACACAUAUAUAUACACACACACUCCACAGGCAUAAGAAAGAGUCCAAACCAAAAAAAUAAAAGAACAAAAGAAAGAGGUGAAGCACCGGCGUUCCCCUUAACUGCCCCCAAACCCCUGCCCUCCAUCUGCCCCUCUCCUUUGUCUCCAAAGAUCACAUCAAAGGGCCAAAAGAAAAAAGAGGAGAAGAAGAAGAGGAGGAGGAGAAGAAGAAGGAGAAGCGGUCAGGAGCGGAGGAGCCAAAGGUAUAAAAAGCUGCAGGGGGAGAGCGAUAGAAGAAGAGGAGAAGGAGGAGGAGAAGAAGAAGAAAGAAGAGGAGCAGGAGGAGGAGGAGGUGCGCUCGAAGCGGCGGACCAAAAAACCAAAAAGUAACCCAAAACCAAAAGCUACUACUACUGCUACUAGUUAUGUAUGA